AUGGAUCUAGUGAAUGAUGAGUGUCAAGCGCACGCAGUAUCACAACAUGACGUUAGUACAGGCCAUGACGAUUCCACAUUUUUAUUUCGUCAAAGUCUACUCCCAUAUUAUGGUCCAGAGCUGCCGCAUCCAUGUGAACAUUUGCUGCUAGAUGAAAAUAUCGAUCAUCAUAUUGCACGUCUAUUGGCAUCGUAUUCUGUUGAUAUUAAUCGUGGCUUCUUACCUUCUGUUGAUCCGCUGCCCCACUUGCCACUUUCCAGCAAAUUUGCAUGCUGGGAAUUAUUAAUGAUGGAUUUAACGCGAUAUUUGCAUGCAAAAAAUAUUCGCUCAGCUAUUUUAUCACGUCUCAAAAUUGUACACAUUGAACAGAAUGAUCUAUUAGAUGAGAGUGAAUUGCACCGUGCACUUCUAGUGCUUGCUGUAUUGAGUCAUGCAUUUGUAUGGGGCGAAAAACCUAUUAGUACCUAUAUUCCAUCAUGUUUAGCUAUCCCAUGGGUAGAAAUAACGAAACGGGCGAAUCGUCCGCCUGUGUUAACACAUUCACUGAUAGCCUUGUCAAAUUGGAAGCGGUUUGACGUUGAAAAACCGAUUGAACUAGGCAAUAUUGCCAUGUUAAAUUGUUUUCUGUCGGGUAUAGACGAAGCAAACUUCUAUUUGGUUAUCAUUGAAUUGGAGUUUCAUGGAGCAAAAGCUUUAAAACAUAUGUUGAGAGCUCAAUAUUUUUCCAGUAAAGAAAAAGUCAACGAACUAGUGAAUGAACUGAAAGCCAUUCAUAGUAUUCAAAAAACAAUAUUCGCCACUCUCGUAAAGACGUUCGAUGAAGUUGAUCCGUAUAUAUUUUAUAAUCGAGUACGACAUUUUGUAGCUGGUUGGAAAGGAAACCCAUCGUUACCCGAUGGUUUAUUAUAUGAAGGUGUCAGUGAAACGCGACAAUUUUUACACGGUGCGUCGGCAGCUCAAUCUUCGUUGAUAGCGGCGUUCGAUGUUUUCUUCGAUGUUAAACACGACAGUGAGCACACACGUGAAUUUAUAAGUGAAAUGCGCUUUUACAUGCCACCGAAACAUCGUCAAUUUCUAGAAAUAUUAGGCAUAGACAAAUACAACAUAAAUCAUUUCGUCAAGAAAUUAACAUCUUCUGAACAAGUGCAACAAGAAAGUGAACUUCUUCAUGCAUACAAUGCUUGCAUUGAUCAAUUGGUAACGUUUAGAAAUAGACAUAUACAGAUUGUAACGCUCUAUAUUUUGGCACAAAUACGAAAGAAUGAUUAUGUUCAGUUGGAUUCCAAGCAACAAACUGAUCACCCUGUUAACAGUAAUAGUAAACACUCAGAUGAAACAGCAUCGUCAGCGCGUGGUACUGGCGGUACAAUACUGAUGCCUUUUCUGAAGACGUGUCGAGAUGAGACCAUAAUACAACGACUACAUUAA